AUGACUUAUCGCAAGAGGGUUAGAUCUGCUGCUAAAACAGAUGGUACACAUGGUCCAGAUACCGCACAUACCUCAUCUUUGAGUGAAGAGGCAUCACAACCCACCAAAAAACAUGCUACUGAACCACAAUUAUCUCAAGUUUCUUCUAUUACUACUACUGUCAAAUUUGGACCAUUUUCUCCACAAGGUACACUUACAUCAGUGGUUGCACCUCCAUGUUCGAGUACUUCAAAAAGUGCAUUGCAAACCGAAGACAUACUUGGAGCUAUAUGGAAAAGGCCACCUACUUCCUUACCAUCAAGUUCACUUAUGGAAGCAACUAAAGAUAAAUUCCUACCUAAGCUUUCAUCCACAAUCUCACCUGAAGUUCCGACUAGUAUUCCACCUUCUAAUACAUCAAAAUCACAAAAACACCCUUCUACUUCCUCUGGUCAUGUCCCACCUCAUAUCUCGCCUGUUAGUCAUAUCUCACCUAAUAUGCCACCCAAUAUGCCACCUAUUAUCCCACCUUCUACUCAUAUUAAACCAUCCUCAAGAGCUUCUCAGAACAAUCAACAACAAAACAAUAAUGAAAAACCAAAAGAGAACUCAACAAAAUCGAAGUCCCUAAGGGUGAAGUCAUAUCCGGAUUGGCCUGUAGAUAUAGAUUUUGAUGACAAGGAGGAGGUUUUGACCAUUGAUGCGAAGCGUAAUGCGUAAUGUUAAACUGGUGAGUGGUUCUAUUCAAACAAUCGACGUCUGGAGUAACAACGGCGUCAAAUACUAUGUUGAAUUCAAUGAUCUUUACCAACCGCUUAGGAAAGGUGGCCAAAUGUUGGUCAGAUUCAUCGGUAGUAUUGCAAAGGUAGAGGAAUACUGUCCACUUAGAGAAGGGGAGUGGCCUG